AUGGCGACACCACCCAAAAAGAAGAGAGUCUCUGAGCUCUAUCAGAAAUUGACUCAAUUAGAGCAUAUUAUCAAGCGACCCGACACCUACAUCGGCUCCGUUGAGCGCACCGAGAAGCAACUAUGGGUCUACAACAGCGAGAAGGAGAGCAUGGAGUUCCGCGAGGUCUCCUAUGUCCCUGGUAUCUUCAAGAUCUUCGACGAAAUCCUGGUCAAUGCCGCCGACAACAAGGCAAAUGACAAGAAUAUGGAUGAACUCAAAGUCACCAUCGACCGAGAAAAAGGCGAAAUCAGUGUCUGGAACAAUGGUCGCGGUAUUCCAAUUGAGAUCCACUCCAAGGAGAAGAUCUACAUCCCUGAGAUGAUUUUCGGCCAUCUCCUCACCGGUUCGAACUACGACGAUGACCAGGCCAAGGUUACUGGUGGUAGGAAUGGCUACGGCGCCAAACUCUGCAACAUCUUUAGCACCCAAUUUAUUGUCGAGACUGCGGACGCUAGACAGAAGAAGAAAUACAAACAAACAUGGACCAACAACAUGUCAGAGAUGGGUAAAGCAAAAAUCACAGAUCACAAGGGCGAGGAUUACACCAAAGUCACAUUCUAUCCAGAUUUCGCAAAGUUUGGAAUGACCGGGAUUGAUGAUGAUCUGGAAGCACUCUUCAAGCGUCGUGUUUACGAUCUUGCGGGCACGUGCAAAGGCGUGGCUGUCAAACUCAAUGGCAUGCGCGUUCCUGCGCGCAACUUCAAGAAGUACAUUGAGAUGUAUACCAAGGCCAUCAAGAAGGAGAGAGGCGAAGAAGCAGCAAAUGACGCUUCUGAGAUCAUCACCGAGUCAACUGAUCCCCGUUGGGAGAUUGGCUUCACAGUUUCCGACGGCUCUUUCCAACAAGUUUCCUUUGUCAAUUCGAUAGCCACAACCUCUGGGGGUACGCAUGUCAACUACAUCACCGAUCAAAUCGUGGCACGCCUGACGGAUAUUGUCAAGAAGAAAAACAAGGUUGGUGCAGCUAUGAAGCCGAAUCAGAUUCGCAACCACAUCUUUCUCUUCGUGAAUGCUCAGAUCGUCAACCCGGCAUUCACAUCGCAAACCAAAGAGCAGCUGACCACCAAAGCGUCCCAAUUUGGUAGCAAAUGUCAAAUAUCGGAUGAUUUCAUGAAGAAAAUUGUAAAAACAGAGGUCAUUAACAAUAUCCUCACUUUUGCACAGGCGAAAGCCGACCAAAUUCUCAAGAAAUCCGAUGGCAGCAAGCGAAGUCGAAUGACCAACCCAAAGCUGGUCGAUGCGAACAAGGCUGGAACGAAGGAAGGGUACAAGUGUACUCUCAUCCUUACCGAAGGUGACUCAGCAAAGGGUUUAGCCAUGGCAGGUCGGUCCGUGGUCGGUCCUGAUCUAUUCGGCGUAUUUCCACUUCGAGGAAAGCUGCUGAAUGUUCGUGAUGCCUCCGUCGAGCAGAUUUCGAAGAACGCCGAAAUCCAAAACAUCAAGACCUUCCUUGGGCUGCAACAUAAGAAGGUCUACACUGACACUCAAGGGCUUCGAUAUGGUUCUUUGAUGAUCAUGACAGAUCAGGAUCAUGAUGGCAGUCAUAUCAAAGGUCUCUUGAUCAAUUUCCUCCAGGUACAAUUCCCUAGCUUACUCAAAAUUCCCAAUUUCCUGGUGGAAUUCAUCACUCCGAUCGUCAAAGUUUGGAAAGGCGAUAUCAAGAAUCCGUCAUGGUCAAAAGCCUUCUACACCCUGCCUGAGUAUGAAACAUGGAAAGAGGCACACAAGCAUGACAAGAAAAAACCGGACCAUAAGUAUCUGAAAGGAUUGGGCUCUUCCACCAACGAAGAUGCACAGCAGUAUUUCAACGACAUUGACCGACAUCACAAGGAAUUCGAAACCAUGAAGGAUGAGGAAUCAGCCUUGCUUGAGCUGGCAUUUUCGAAGAAGAAGGCAGACGAACGAAAGGAGUGGCUCCGCCAAUUCAAGCCUGGCACCUACCUUGAUAUGUCCAUCAACAAGAUCUCGUACACGGAUUUCGUCAACAAGGAAUUGAUUCUUUUCAGCAUGGCAGACAAUAUCAGAUCCAUUCCAUCCGUGGUAGAUGGUCUAAAACCUGGUCAGCGAAAAGUGAUGUAUGCCUGCUUGAAGAAAAACCUCAAAAAGGAUGUCAAGGUCGCAGAGCUUACGGGUGUGAUUGGAGGAAUGACAGCAUAUCAUCAUGGUGAAGCAUCUCUACAGGGGACAAUCGUCGGUCUAGCACAAAAUUUUGUGGGUUCCAACAAUGUGAACUUACUAGAGCCGUCUGGUCAGUUCGGUACUCGAAAUCAGGGUGGCAGUGAUUCGGCCAGCGCUCGAUACAUCCACACCCGUCUUUCUCCUUUUGCCCGGAAGCUAUUCCAUCCAGCGGACGACCCCCUUCUUAAGUCUCAGACAGAUGAUGACAAAAUCAUCGAACCCGAACUCUAUGUACCCGUUCUUCCUAUGGUUCUCGUGAACGGUGCAGAUGGUAUUGGAACUGGGUGGAGUUCUUCCAUCCCAAAUUACAAUCCAGAAGAUAUUGUCGCAAAUUUGAAACGCAGAAUGAACGGAGAGGAAUGGCUGCCUAUGGUUCCAUGGUUUCGAGGAUUCAAAGGCGAAGUCAAAUCAACUGCCCCAGACAGAUUCCAGUUCAGUGGAAUUAUUCAUCAGACUGGCGAUACCGAGGUUGAAAUCACUGAACUACCAGUGCGCACCUGGACUCAAGAUUUCAAGGACAAGCUAGAAGAGAUCAUCAAGGCAGAGAAGGUGCCUUCUUUCAUCAAGGAUUACAAGGACUAUAACACCCAUGACGCCGUUCACUUCGUCAUUCAGAUGGAUGAGAAGCAUAUGGCAAAGGCUGUCGAGGAAGGUUUGAUCGAGAAAUUCAAACUCACCAAGUCGAUCGCAACCUCAAACUUGGUGGCAUUUGAUCCUCAGGGGCGUAUCACGAAAUACGCGAAUGUAGAAGCAAUCAUGGAUGAAUUCUACAGCUACCGUCUUCAGAUGUAUGCCAAGCGAAAGGAAUGGUUGUUAAAUGAUCUCCAACGAGAGUUGAGUCGUCUCACCAACCAAGCCAGAUUCAUCCAAAUGAUCAUCGAUGGAAAAUUGGUAAUCUCAAAGAAAAAGAAGGCAGUCUUGAUUACGGAACUUCAGAAACUCGGAUUUACUCCGUUCCCGAAGAUCAAGGAUGCUGAAGAGAGCGGAGAGCUAGAGCCCGUGGUCGAAGAGGAAAUCGACGAGAGCGAUGAUGACUCCAUUGAUGCAAGUGCCUAUGACUAUCUUCUUGGUAUGGCUCUUUGGUCAUUGACUCAGGAACGUGUGGAAAAAGUGCGACGUCAAAUAGCAGACAAAGAACAAGAAGUUGAUGUCUUGAUGAAGAAAUCUAAGGAAGACCUAUGGAUAGCUGAUCUGGACGAUUUCGUUGCCGAAUGGAAAUUCCAGCUCGAAGAUGAGCACAAUCGCAAACGCAAUAUCCGCAAGGGAAGACGAGUCUCCAAGAAGUUUGCAACUGCAGCAAACUCAAAAGCUACUGUCAAGAAGCGAAAGGGACUUGGAGACGCAUUCGACGACUCUGAAUUCGAAGAGUUUGCACCAAAAGCAAAAAAGAGAGCUCCUGCUCCCAAGCCAGUCCAGCGGGCCAUUACUGCGUAUACGGCACCCAAGUCAAAUGCUCUUAAGAACGCUAUGGAACAACGCAAACUCUAUACCGAUGGGCCAACUGAUUCGGCGGCAGAGUCAGAGUCAAUUGCGAAGGAGAUCAUCGAGUUGCCCGAAAAGGCUCCAAAACCAGUGGCAAGAGGUGGGCGAGGCAAGAAGCCUACUAAGUAUACCAUCGACAGUGACUCUGAAAGCGAUUUCAACAACUCCACAGAUGGAUUCGAAGAUGAAUCAAAGAAGAGUACCAAGUCAAACUCUGUAGACUUGUCCGAUUUGGACGAAGUCAUUUCUAAGCCUAGGCCGCGAGCAGUAGCCAUCCGCAAGCAGCCCCAGCUUGACGAUGAUCUUGACAGCGAUUUGGACCGGACUGCUACUGCCCCCAAGUCUCAUGACAAUGUUGAAGACGUCACCAAUGUUAUGGACGCGUCGGAUGUGGAUGAGGAAGUUAUUCCUAAGCCCAAGAGCCGUGCUGCGCGUCCAGUUGCGAAGAAGCCUGCCAAAGCAAUAAUUUCUGAUGAUGAAGACGAGACAGAACUACCACCAAAGACCAAUGGCAAGACAUCUGAUGUUGACAUGUCAGACGCUGACGAAGUUAUCCUCAAACCAAAGAGUCGAGCUGCUCGACCGGCUGCUAGGAAGCCUGUUCAAGCUCUCAUUUCGGACGACGAGGAUGAAACUGAAAAUCCACCUAUGACCAAUGGCAAUGCAUCUGAUAUGUCUGAUUUCGACGAAGUUAUUCCCAAGCCAAAGAGUCGAGGUGCACGCACCGCUCCCAAGAAGGCUGCAAAGCCGGCGGAUUCAGAUAUGGAUGAUGACGAUGAUAUCGCAGUCAAUACCAAAUCGAAGCCUUCUGCAGCUGAUGAAUCUGAUUUCGAAGAAGUUAUACCCAAGCCCAAGGCACGAGCCACAAAAGCCCCCACCAAGAAAGCCACCAAGGCGACCAAAGCCAAGAACGAUAGUGAUGAUGAUGAUGUCGUCACUAAGCCUGCUCCAAAGAAGACAACCAAAAAGAAAGCGGUCGAACAGUCUGACGCAGACGAACCUGUCACAAAGCCGAAGGCUCGAGCUCCUCGUGCAAAUGCGAAGAAGACUCCCGCAUAUACUUUGGAUACCGAUAGUGACAAUGGGGAUGACUUGCUGGCUGAUCUUGGUGACAUGGUCAAGGGAUUGCCAAAGACUGCGCUGAAGGAUACGCAACCCAAAGAGAAAAAGCCGGUGGCAAAGAAACCUGUGGCUGCAGCAAAGAAGCUUGAACAAUCACCUAUUGCCAAAGCCUAUGCAAAGCGUCUGGCGAAGAAGAAGGUGGUUGAAUCAGACGAUGACAUGGAUAUGACAUUUUGA